GAGCCAAAUCACAAGAGACAUGCGCCAGAGUGUGCGAAUCCACCCAUCCAUCUCACUCAUUCCCCACUCACUCAAACGCACACACAAUAACAAACACAAUGCACGCCCAUGCCCACUUCCUAAUUCUCUUCUCAAAAACUUCUUCAAUCAUAUAGCAUUACCCUUUCAGCUCCUUCCAUACCUUCAUUCUCACAAGUCAACGCUGCCGUUUUACGCUAGUGUGUAAAACGGAUCGGUUUGAGAAGAGAGAAAAAUCAAAUUGAGGUUGAAAAGGUUGACCUUCUUCGUGUUGGACUAGGUGGAAGCUAGUACAUUUGGUGGACAACAUGUUCCUUCUUAGAAGGCAAGGCCAAAAUCAGCUGGAGAAUGAUUCCUCAAAACAAGAUACAAAGGUGAAUGAACUCAGGGCUGCUGUUGGGCCCCUCUCUGGUCGUCGACUACUGUAUUGCACAGAUGCAUGUCUAAGGAGAUAUUUAGAAGCAAGGAAUUGGAAUGUUGAUAAAGCAAAGAAAAUGCUGGAGGAAACACUCAAGUGGAGGGCAACUUAUAAGCCAGAAGAAAUUCGUUGGGCUGAAGUAGCACAUGAGGGUGAGACAGGUAAAGUAUCCAGAGCUAACUUUCGUGAUCGACUUGGGAGGACUGUGCUUAUUAUGAGGCCAGGAAUGCAGAACACAACAUCAGCUGAAGAUAAUAUCAGGCAUUUAGUCUAUCUAUUGGAAAAUGCUAUCCUAAAUCUUCAAGAAGGUCAAGAACAAAUGUCGUGGUUGAUAGACUUCACAGGAUUAUCAUUGAAUACAAAUAUUUCUGUUAAAACAGCUCGUGAUAUUAUUCACAUUUUACAAAAUCACUAUCCAGAAAGGCUUGCUAUUGCUUUCCUGUACAAUCCACCAAGAAUAUUUCAGGCUUUCUGGAAGGCCGUGAGGUUUUUCCUGGAUCCGAAGACAGUCCAGAAGGUGAAGUUUGUUUAUCCUAAUAAUAAGGACAGUGUGGAACUAAUGCAAUCACUCUUCGACCUAGAUAACCUUCCAAGUGAAUUUGGAGGGAAAACAAGUUUAAUGUAUGACCAUGAAGAGUUCUCACGGUUGAUGACUGAGGAUGAUGUGAAAACUGCUAAGUUCUGGGGAAUUGACCAGAAGCCUUUCAACCCUCCUAAGAAAGGGCAUGCUGGAGCAGAGGUGGCACCAGAACCCGUGUCUGUUCAGACAGUAGGUAGUUAGUUAGUUGAGCUACUUUUAAAACUGUAGUCAUUUAUAAACUGAAGUGACUACAUAUCUGAAUCAUUAAUUCAGUGGCUAAUUUAAGGAGCCGAAUAAGCGGUAUUUUGUAUCUUUCAACUUUUUAACCAUUUAUGGCGAUAGCUGCUAUAGUCCUCGACUUUUAGGUAACCGAACUAAAAUUCAGACUAUAUAUGUCAAUUCUCCAAUCCUGUGCAAAGUUAA